AUGAUCAUGUCAUGGAUCAAUCACUCAGUUGAAGCUGAAAUUGCUCAAAGUAUUUUGUGGAUGGAUAAUGCUACUGACAUGUGGAAUGAGUUGAAAGAUCGCUUUUAUCAAGGUGACAUUUUUCGUAUUUCAGAUCUUCAGGAGGAAAUAUGUAUGCUGAAACAAGGUGAUGCCACUAUUUCUUCAUAUUACACUAAGCUGAAAAUUCUAUGGCAGGAAUUGGAUAAUUUUAGACCAAAUCCUGAAUGUUCUUGCAUUUCCACAUGUCUAGCCAUUUCCAAAAUUCGUUCAUACAGAGAAAGUGAUAAAGUCAUUGGAUUUUUGAAAGAUUUGAAUGAUCAAUACUCAGCUAUUAGAUCUCAAAUCAUGUGGAUGGAUCUUUUACCAAAUCUUUGCAAGGUUUACUCUUUGCUUGUGCAGCAAGAAAGACAAGCCAUUACACCUAUUGAUGAAGCAAAGGUGUUAGCUAUCUCUAAUUCCAUUACUUAUCAACAAUAUCAAUCAAAACCUAACAUCAAUUCUCGUGGUAGAGGAAGUACUAGAGGAGGCAGAUUUUCUGGUGGCAAGGGAAGAGGAAAUCGCAUCUGCACCCGCUGUGGAAUGACCAACCACACUAUUGACACAUGCUUCAAGAAGCAUGGAUAUCCCCCAAAUUGGAAGCAGGAUGCUGUAGUUAAUCAAUGUGCAGACAGAUCUGAGGAACAAAGUCUCACACCAUUAACCACCUUACCUCACAUUCUGAACUCAAUUAAGGAUUCCUCCAAGAUGAUGAUUGGCACAGCUGAGUUGCAUAAUGGACUAUACCUUCUCAUUUCUCCUAAAGUUUCCUUACCCAACAAUCCAUCUGCUCAUCAUAUCAAUUCUAUACUUUCUCAGUUUGUAGAUAUAAUUUCUGAUUGUAGCCUUUGGCACUCUAGACUUGGUCAUGCUUUAUAUGCCAAGUUGUUUGAACUCAAUAAAGUUUUUCCUUUCAUAAAGAGAUUACCUUUCCCUAAUAGCUCUCAUAGGAAUCAAUAG